GCGAGUGUUGGGCAGAGCCUCGGGCUGCAUCUCCAGUGAGCUCCGAGCGCCGGGAAAGAGGCCAAGCAGCGCCUGGCCUGCCGCUUGCUGAGCUGGAGCUCCCGAGCGAGCUUCCGCCGUGAGCCAGGACGCGGGCGGCGCGUGUCCGUGGCGGCUCUCCGUUCCUGUGGCGGGCGCCGUGCAGACUACGGCUUCCCGGGCCGGCUCAUUGAGUGUGAUUUUCUUGGAGCACACUUAACACCAAGCCUGUGGGGACAUGAACACUUGGACUAAUCACUAAGGAUUCAGCAUCUAGAUGAGACAGCAGCUCUUAGGUUGAUUAACAUCAGAGUAUGUAGCAUUCCUAGUUUGGUUGAAUCUUCAGAUUCUGUUCCUGAGGACAUGCAGGACUAACUAUAUGUGCGUUUGGCAAGGAACAAUUCCUUGUUUGGACCUGGGGUUACGGUCUUGAAUAAGAACUGUGAAGCUGACUUCGGAGGAUUGAGCAGGAAGAGCAGCCACCUAGCUGAUGUGCGCGGAUACGAAGUAGGGUGCAGGCACCAGGGCGUUGCUAGGUGCAGACUUGGAAGCUUAGGCGUAGCAGGUUAAACAGGCUCUUGGAGGCCAGUAGAGCUGGGCGCCGGUUGGUGUUUGAGGUGGUCUAGAAAAGGACACCCCCUGCUUCCUGGGCUGUACGUUCUGAAUCCAGGCUUAUAAAGAAGCAUUUCCUUGCCCACUGCCUUUUUUAAGUUCCAUGGAGCUGGCAGCAACUUUAACAGACCUCCAGGUGGAGGCCAGCUGUCCCAUCUGUCGGGGGUACUUGAGAAACCCAGUGACAAUCUACUGUGGGCAUAACUUCUGCCUCGCCUGCAUCACUGAAGCCUGGAAGGAUCAAAAGGGCUAUUUCCCCUGCCCUUUUUGCCAUUAUCUCUGUCCACAAAGGAAAUUGCAGAACAAUUUCCAGCUAGGUAGUUUGACUGAAGUGGCUAAACUACUACCAAUAAGAAGGAGUAAGAGAAAAAGGCAGGAAGGGAGCAUCAUAUGUGAGAAGCACAAGCAGGUUGUGACUCUUUUCUGCCAGAAGGACCUGGAGGUUUUGUGUCCACAGUGCAGUUUCUCCACUGAUCACCAUCAGCACUAUAUCUGGCCCAUAGAGAAGGCUGCAGUCUAUCAUAGGAAACAGCUAGAGAAGCACAUUGAGCUCUGGAAGGAGAAAGUGGAACAGAUUGAAAAGGUGAUUAUUAUGCAGACUGGAAAAUCAGUGGAGCUUAAGAAAAAGAUAGAACAGAGGAGAGAAGAAAUAAAGUGUGAAUUUGAGCAGUUUUCACUAUUUCUUCAAAAUGAGCAAGAGACUACCCUUAGGCAGUUAGAAGAUGAAGAGAGGGAGAUUUUAGAAAAACUAAAUGAAAACCUGGCAGAGGCUUCAGAUCACGCCUCUGCAUCAAAAUGUCUAUUAAGGGAGAUAGAGAGCAAGUUUGUGAAAUCAGAAAUGGAAUUGCUGGCAAGUGUCAAGAGUGUCUACCACAGAUGCAGAAGUUUAAAAUGCCCUGAAAUGUUUUUAUUCCAGUUCAAAGAUUAUACAUACAGGCUCCCUCCACAGUAUUCUGGACUAAACAAAAUUAUCAAGCAAUUUCAUGUAGAUCUACUUCUUGAUCCUGAAACAGCACAUCGCAAACUUCUUAUCUCAGAAGAUAGGAAAAGUGUGCGUUACGGAAAUAUGCAAAAAUUACCUCAUAGCCCAAAAAAGUUUUAUAUGUGGCCAGCUGUGCUGGGCUCCAAGGGGUACAGCUCUGGUAGGCAGUACUGGGAGGUGGAGGUGAAAGACAAGCCCGAGUGGAUCCUGGGCGUCUGCACUGAGGCUCUGCCCCGGAGGAAGAAGGCUCAGAACCAGCCCUUUGUAGUGAAGGAAGGAUUGUGGGGGAUUGGGCGUUGUGGUCACACCAGUUACAUUGCAUUUGGUCCUAAGAAAAUUAAUCUUCUGCCCAAAGUAAUACCUACUAAGAUUGGCAUUUUUUUAGACUGUGAAAUGGGUGAGGUUUCUUUUUACAAUUUGAAUGAUAGAUCUCUGAUGUAUACUUUCAGUGAUUAUUUUGGAGGAGCUCUCUGGCCUUAUUUCUACACUGGAACUGAGUCACGACCCCUUAGAAUCUGUACAGUAACAGAUUCAGAAUGA